AGCUGAUUUGUAAAUUCAGUGGGUUUUUUUUUUUUGUGUGUCAAUGACAUCACCCUCCUCCCCAUGGCAACCCCCGACGAUAUCAAAAUUGCCAGGCAACGUUGGAGCUGCUCGCGCCCUAAAGGAGCAGGUCGCUGCCUGAGGAGCUAAUGGAGAGAUCCCAAAGUGAGCUGGGGUGCACGGUGGAGGAGGGGCGCGCCGCGGCCGGGGCUGCCGGGCCCUGAUCGAUCCGGCCAGAGGAAGGCGGGAGUGGCUGCGGCUUGCUCGGCCAGCUCCUCUUGACAGCAGCAGCGGACCCCAUCAGGUGGGGGGGAGGGCACUGCUCGGUUCCUGACGUACCGGGAGCAGCAAGCAGCCAUCCAGGUGACUAAGCCGGCCCACCGCCACUGAGUCACCCACCCGCCUUGGCUUUUCUUCCUUCCCCCUUUGCGUCUGAUUAUUUGGGGAGCUAAAAACUUGGAGGUGUACCUGAGGCCCGCCCCUUCUAACUCUCCCCUCCCUACCUCGGCUUGGAGGAAGAUGGAACUCGCUGGGAAGCUGCCACUACCCCCUAAGGACAUGGAAGGCACGGAGGGAGCCAGAGGUGCCCAGGGAGAGACCGCAGCUGGCAGAGUACAAUAGCAGACAUGGUGAUCAGGCUGCCCAUGUGUCCUCUGAAGGUGCUGGAAGAGAAGGGGAGUCUGGUCCAUACCGACUGGAGUCCUCCUGUGCCGGCUUUAAGCUCACCUCUCAAGGGGAUCUUUCUGUAAACGUGUGGCUUCCAGGGCCAUUGGUAUUUGGAGAGCAAGGCUGGAUUGGCAUAGGCAGGCCUGUGCAGGUAGAGCAGCUUUCUGGGCUCCAGACAAGCAUCAGCCUGCAGUGGGAGAGGGUGAGGCCCAGCUGCCCAGAAGGAGUGCCAAGUGUGCUUCUCCCUAGGCCGGCAGAGGACUGGCUCUGGAAGGUCCUGGGAUCUUCCCUCCCCUGCGUGCUCUAGAGAGCUGAACGGAGAAUAGUGAAAAGGAGAGGAGAGAAGGCCACAGGAGGCACCAUGUUCCGCAAGAAAAAGAAGAAACGCCCUGAGAUAUCAGCCCCACAGAACUUCCAGCACCGUGUCCACACCUCCUUUGACCCCAAGGAAGGCAAGUUCGUGGGCCUCCCCCCACAGUGGCAGAACAUCCUGGACACCUUGAGGCGGCCCAAGCCCGUGGUGGAUCCUUCUCGAAUCACGAGGGUGCAGUUGCAGCCCAUGAAGACGGUGGUACGGGGCAGCUCCGUGCCCACGGAGGGCUACAUCUCAGGGCUGCUCAACGACAUCCAGAAGUUGUCAGCCAUCAGCUCCAAUACCCUGCGUGGACGCAGCCCCACCAGCCGGCGGCGGGCACAGUCCCUGGGGCUGCUGGGCGAUGAGCAAUGGGCUGCCGACCCAGAUAUGUACCUCCAAAGUCCCCCGUCCGAGCGCACUGAUCCCCACGGCCUCUACCUCAGCUGCAAUGGGGGCACACCGGCAGGUCACAGGCAGAUGCCAUGGCCGGAGCCACAGAGCCCACAGGCCCUGCCCAAUGGGCUGGCUGCCAAGGCACAGUCCCUGGGCCCUGCUGAGUUCCAGGGGGCCUCGCAGCGUUGCCUGCAGCUGGGUGCCUGCCUGCAGAGCUCCCCACCUGGCACCUCACCCCCUACGGCCACAGGGAGGCGGGGAGUGAAGGCUGCCAAGCACAGCUCGGAGGAGGCCCGGCCACAGUCCUGCCUGGUGGGCUCAGCCAUUGUCGGCAGGCCGGGUGGAGAAGGCAGCCCCAGCCCUAAGAACCAGGAGAGCGGCCUCAAGCACCGGCUCUUCCGAAGCAUGUUCCUGUCCACCCCUGCCGCCGCUGCAGGCUCUGCAAGCAGCAGCAAGCCGGUCCCUCUGCCACAGAACAAGCUCAGCUCUGCUUUCCGACCACCGCAAAAGGAUUCCUCCUCAAACCUGGUCGCCAAGGCCCAGUCCUUGCCCUCGGAUCAGCCCAUGGGGACUCUCAGCCCUCUGACCACCUCGGACACCAGCAGCCCCCAGAAGUCCCUCCGCACAGUCCCAGCCACUGGCCCGCUUCCAGGCCGGUCUUCUCCAGUCGGCUCCCCCCGCACUCGGCACGCUCAGAUCAGCACCAGCAAUCUCUACCUGCCCCAGGACCCCACAGUGGCCAAGGGGGCCCUGGCUGGCGAGGACACGGGCGUUGUGACCCAUGAGCAGUUCAAGGCUGCGCUCAGGAUGGUGGUGGACCAGGGUGACCCCCGGAUGCUGCUGGACAGCUAUGUGAAGAUUGGGGAGGGCUCCACGGGCAUUGUGUGUCUGGCCCGGGAGAAGCAUUCGGGUCGCCAGGUGGCGGUCAAGAUGAUGGACCUCAGAAAGCAACAACGCAGGGAGCUGCUCUUUAAUGAGGUGGUGAUCAUGCGUGACUACCAGCACCUCAACGUGGUGGAAAUGUACAAGAGUUACUUGGUAGGCGAGGAGCUGUGGGUGCUGAUGGAGUUCCUGCAGGGCGGGGCCCUCACGGACAUCAUCUCCCAAGUCAGGCUGAAUGAGGAGCAGAUUGCUACUGUGUGUGAAGCUGUGCUUCAGGCCCUGGCUUACCUGCAUGCCCAGGGUGUCAUCCACCGGGACAUCAAGAGUGAUUCCAUCCUGCUGACCCUUGAUGGCAGGGUGAAGCUCUCAGACUUUGGAUUCUGUGCUCAGAUCAGCAAAGAUGUCCCCAAGAGAAAGUCCCUGGUGGGAACCCCAUACUGGAUGGCUCCUGAAGUGAUCUCCAGAUCUCUGUAUGCUACUGAGGUGGAUAUCUGGUCUCUGGGCAUCAUGGUGAUUGAGAUGGUGGAUGGAGAGCCUCCCUACUUCAGCGACUCCCCCGUUCAAGCCAUGAAGAGGCUCCGGGACAGCCCCCCUCCCAAGUUAAAGAACUCUUACAAGAUCUCCCCAGUGCUGCGAGACUUCCUGGACCGGAUGCUGGUACGGGAACCCCAAGAGAGAGCCACAGCCCAGGAGCUCCUGGAUCACCCCUUUCUGCUGCAGACAGGGCUGCCUGAGUGUCUGGUGCCCCUGAUACAGCUCUACCGCAAGCAGACCUCCACCUGCUGAGUCCACACCCAGGGUGCACCUGCUGCCUGUGCCCGCAGGCGAAGGACACCGGGCAGCCAGUCCACUGGCAGGGCCUACCUGCCUUGUCCUCUCAGUAUUCUCUCCAAAGAUUGAAUGUGAAGUUCCAGCCCUUCCCUCUUGCCCUUCUGCCCGCUGGGCCAGGCCGGACCUGCCCCCCUCAGUCUCACCCCCCCCCCAGCGUCCCAGUUGCCUUUGGGAUGACAGUGACCCCCUUCUGCAGGUUUGGCCCCUUUGUUAUUUGCACAGGGAUGUUUCUAAGAAACACGGAGAGUGGUGCUCCUGGCCACCAGCCAGCAAAGCCGACAGGCUGCUGAAGAUUUCUAAAGGCAGUGUCCACUAGUGUCCCGGGCCACCAAGAGGGUGCAUGCCCCAUCUUCACACGGAUACUCGCUGUUCUCAGCUACGGCUUCAAACCCUGGAGGCCCAGAGGGCCGUGGGGAAGGAUUUAUUGCCUGAACCCUUCUUCCUCCCUUGGGCUGACUUCUGGAAGCCCCACUUGCACCUGUUCCCCAUCUGUCCCCUGGCAUAGCCUCUCCCCAGCAAGCCUCCACAGAACUGUGAAUUGCCUGUGUAUAGGCCAUGGGAGUAGCAAGGGGGAAUCUUCUGAGAGAGAGUAUGUAGUUGAUGGUAAAAGUGACUCCAUUUUUCAGGAUGGAGAGAACAUAUUCUCAUUCUCUCUCUCUCCCUCCCUUUCCUCUCUCUCCCUCUCUCUCUGUCUCUCUGUCUCUCUCUCUGUCUCUCUGUCUUUCUCUCUCUCUCUCUCUCUCUCUCUCUCUCUCUCUCUCUCUCUCUCUCUCUGUGUGUGUGUGUGUGUGUGUGUGUGUGUGUGUGUGUGUGUGUGUGUGUAAAGUCCCCCAAAGGCCCAGGCCUUUCCAGUUACCCACAGAGAGCUUCAGAAGAGCUCCCCGCCCCCCACAGUCUUCUUUUCUACCAAGCUCUACUCUGAAGGGACCUGCUUUGGGGGCCUGGUUUUCUGCCUCUCAAGUCUCGUGUUAUUACCUAAACAGCAAAGGGGUGUGUGUAUGUCAAGUCUAACACAUGCUGGGGCUGGCUCUUGGUGUGUCUGAGUUUCUCCCUACUGAGACAGGAGCCAGAUCAUCAGGGACCCAUCCUCUUUAGAACCCUGGGCUGGGACAGGAAGGUGAACCACCUCCUGUGUGUGUGUGUGGGGGGGGGGUCCUUCAUGCCAAGGGAUGGGUACCUCCUUGUGUGAACCAGCUCUCCCUGCAGACGCUUACCUGCCCCCUUGUCCUCCCUCCCUCCCUUCCCACCUUCCUGGCUGUUGUGAGACAGGGAAUGCCAAGGAAGAACUCCAGUAUCUGGACCCUAUCCAGAUAAUAUUUUUAGAUCCCUCUGCUCCCUGGUGACCUGCAUUAGGGCAAAAAAACAAACCUGCAAGGUCUUUUUCUAAGGGUCAGAGUUUUAAAAACAAAAGUAUCUUCCCUAGAAAUGUUUGUGAAUCGUUUGCACUUGUGCCUGUUUUAAAUUAAACUGACUGUUCGAA